AUGAAGCUUCAUAGCGCGCUUUUGGCGUCUUCUUUAGUUGGAGCUCAAAAAUUGAGCUUCGACUCUUCCAAUUAUGGAUUCGACGACUACAUGAGCAGCUUCGGUAAUGGCAUGCUCGACUUCAGUUCUUACUGCAAAGCUGAUAAUUACGACCAGGAUCCAGUUAACAUCGCUCUCAACUACGUUCGUGGUGUUUUUGAGAUGCUGGAACAGCCGGAAUUCGCGAUUUCGAAGCUCUUUGACGAUCGGAGAUUCACGGAACUCUCUCUGACUGAUCUUUUGAAGAUAACUGAAGUCCUUAUGGAAAACUUUGACAAGAAUUGGUGCAACAGGAUCGUCACUGCUGUCAUGGAGGCCGGGUUUGAUAUCGGAAAAAUCGUCAAAGCUAGCUCUGGCCAGACAGUUAGAAUUCUGGAGACUCUUGGAACCAAUGCAGAGCUUCAAAAUCUCCUUCACUUCGUCGAUGCCAACAGAGAUUAUUUGCUCAAAUUGGGUCCCAUCUUUGAACGAUCUUCGGCUGGUUGGGCAACAGUUGAGGAAAUCCUUAGCAACAUGGAUACAAAUCCUCAGAUGUCAUCCUUAAAAUCUCUUCCAUCAUUCUACGAUGAUGAAAUUGAUCGGUCUUGCGCUGUUAUGGAGGAUGCUGAGAUGUACAUCAACUUUGUAAAACCACUUGCAGUUGGUUUGAUUGAGGAUCUUCUUGAAGGCUUCAGAGGCCAAGAAAACCUCCUUAGCGUUGGCAAGAUGAUUGAGUUUACUUACCGAGUGAACAAGCAUCUCCUUUUCGACGAGCAAGCCUGCACCAGAUUCAUCCAAGACAUGUCUGAUCUUCUUGCUCCAUUGAUGCAACUUCCCUUUGCUGCUGAUUACUCCAGCUAUGGCUCGAGCUACAACAGCGGCUACGAAAUGAUGGCUGGAGCAGCUAUGGAUCCCUUGACACAAAUGUUCACAAUGGUCCAAUCUGGUGCCAUUAGCCAGAUCAUCCAAAACUUGGAUAUUAAAAAGAUCAACGACACAGUCUUUGAAUUUCUUCGCUCCGAAAUCCCAUCUGCCAGAGAACAAUCACUUGUUUCUGAAGCUCUGCAAGCGGACAAAACCUUUGCGAUUUUGGCUAAAGUUGCUCCUAAAAUGAUUCAAACCUUCGUUGACAAUGCUGCUCCACUGAUGAAAGCUCUUGGAAUUGAAGAUGGUCAGAUUAUGGACAUCAUCUCGAUGCUUGGCAACAAUAAUCAAAUGAUGAACUUUGGCGAUUCUACUUUCGCCAACUACGGGUCUGAUCAUUAA